CGUAAGCGGAAGUAUCAGUGCUUUGGAGGAGCAACUUUGGCUACCAAAGUUGACGGUGUGUUAGAAGUUGGCUCUGUGGCCGCCGGUUUUGAUUAUAAAUUCAGACAAACCCUUUAAAAAAACGGACAUAAUGGACUUUUCCGCCGGCGUAGGUAGCACACUAUGAGAUGAACGAGGCACCUCGAGAACAAGGCGGCACUGACGGCAUUAUGCUGGUCAGAAGCAGUAAGGAUGUAGCUCCGCGCAGCGUUGGCCGGGCGAAGGUGACCCAUGCAGUUGUGGUCAUCUUUUUGGAAUUCUUUUCCUGGGGUCUUCUUACAACACCGAUGUUGACCGUGCUACAUGAAACAUUUCCACAGCACACAUUCCUCAUAAAUGGGCUUAUUCAAGGAGUGAAGGGAUUGCUGUCUUUUAUGAGUGCCCCACUGAUUGGUGCCUUGUCGGAUGUAUGGGGCAGGAAGUCCUUCUUGCUGUUGACAGUGUUUUUUACCUGUGCCCCCAUCCCACUGAUGAGGAUAAGCCCAUGGUGGUAUUUUGCCCUUAUCUCUGUAUCUGGAAUCUUUUCAGUCACCUUCUCUGUUAUAUUUGCAUAUGUAGCAGAUAUUACAGACGAGAAUGAAAGGAGCACAGCUUAUGGAUUGGUAUCGGCGACUUUUGCUGCCAGUUUAGUUACGAGUCCUGCUAUAGGAGCCUAUCUUUCUGACACAUACGGAGACAGUCUAGUGGUACUGGUGGCUACCAUCGUUGCUGUAACUGAUAUUCUUUUCAUACUCCUCGUUGUACCAGAGUCUCUGCCAGACAAAAAACGGCUAUCGUCAUGGGGGUUUCCAAUUUCUUGGGAGCAAGCUGACCCUUUUUCUUCUUUAAGAAAAGUGGGAAAGGACACCACAGUGCUUCUCAUAUGUGUCACAGUUUUUCUGUCAUAUCUUCCGGAGGCAGGGCAGUAUUCCAGCUUUUUCUUAUAUCUAGGACAAGUUAUUAACUUCUCAUCAACAGCAAUUGCAGCAUUCAUAGCAAUGGUUGGAAUUCUGUCUAUUAUAGCACAGACUUUGCUCCUAAGUGUGCUGAUGAAAAAAAUCGGCAAUAAGAAUACUAUGUUACUGGGUCUUGGAUUUCAGCUGUUCCAGCUGGCCUGGUAUGGCUUUGGGUCAGACACGUGGAUGAUGUGGUCAGCUGGUGCCGUGGCUGCAAUGUCCAGUAUAACCUUUCCAACAAUAAGUACCCUGGUGUCCCAUAUCACAGAUCAGGGUCAACAGGGUGCAGUGCAGGGAAUGAUAACUGGGAUUAGGGGACUGUGCAAUGGGCUUGGUCCGGCUCUCUUUGGAUUUAUCUUUUUUCUCUUCGAUGUCGAACUGAAUGCGGUGGGGCCAGUUAACCACGAUUUAGCUUCAGCUGUCACUGUUAAGAGAGCAGUCAUUCCUGGCCCUCCCUUCCUGUUUGGAGCCUGUACUGUUCUUCUAGCAUUAUUGGUUGCCUGCUUCAUUCCAGAACGCCAUACUAUGACUGUGAAAGCUUGCAGCACUCGGGUUUCACCUGUCGCAGGAACACAUUGUAACAGUUCUGCUCCUGUGAGUGAUGAGGACAUUGAACCUCUCUUGCAGGACAGCAGCAUGUAGCCAACUGAUUCUACCUGCAGCCUUUUGAGGUGUGAAAAAACAUGUGAUCUGGAAUGACAUGAACUAGAUAUAGUUUAGAGAAUCAUAUUCUUUAUAUAUAUAUAUAUAUAUGGUAUUUGUUCCAGCUCUGUCUCAGAAUGAGCUUUUUGAACUUUUUAAUUACAGUUUAACAUUAGAUAAGCUUUGCUUAUACCAGCUGAGAUGUAUUAAUAUCAUGUUAUGCUCUUAGUUGGGAAUGUGCCUUCACCAUGCAAAUUUUUUUUCUCCCUCCCUCCAGUCUCUGCUGAAUGUAUAUGAUGUACCAUAGGUCAAUGAUGUCAUUUAGUUUUUAAAUGUGUAGCACUAUAAUAGUAUUCUAUUAAAGAAAUCCAGAAAGACAA